CAUUGGCCGGAGGCGCGGGGCGGGGCGGAGGCGGCGGGGCUGGCGGCGGGCCGGGGCGGCGGCGGCGGUGCGGUGCGCUCCGUCCGGGGCGGCCAUGAGGACCGAGAUCUCCACGGCGGCGGCGUUCGUCACCCGCCUCCUGCGGGCCGCCGGGGGUAUCGGCGAGGAGCAGCUGCGGUGCUUCAGGGAGUGUCUGCAGGAGGCGCUGCGGGAGCACUACAAGCACCACUGGUUCCCCCUGCUACCCUCCAAGGGCUCCGGGUACCGGUGCAUUAGGAUCAACCAUCAGAUGGACCCCUUGAUAGGAAAGGCGGCGGGGAUGAUCGGACUGAGCCACGAGAGGCUCUUCCAGCUGCUGCCCAGCGAAUUAACUCUUUGGGUCGACCCUUUCGAGGUGUCUUAUCGUAUAGGCGAAGAUGGGUCCAUCUGCGUCCUUUACGAAAGUCCCCAGCCCGGUGGGAAGACGACCAAGCCGCUGGAGAGCAGGACCAGCUGUAAGGAGGAGUGGAGAAUCGGCAGAGCCAGCCCUUCUAAGAAUUACAGCAUGAUGACAGUGUCUAGUUAAAAAUUGCUAUUCCUUGUACAAUGAUGUAUGUAUCCUAAUCUUGUAGUAAAUUUAGAUGUAACUGAGAUUUUUGGGUUUUUAAUUAUUUUUUUUCACCCUAUAGUCAUUAAAGGUGUAGUAGUACUGCCAAGCUUUCUGUGUCCAAGGGCUAAUGUAUAAAGCAGUUCUUUACACUGCAUGUUACUUUCUGGAUCGUGUACUUGUAAAUGCACUGUACAGUCAGUUGAUUGUUUUACACAUUUAUAUUUUCAAAGAAGUUUUGGCUAUUUGUAAUAAAAAAGCAAUAUUGUAGCACUCUUUUUAUGAUGGAUUUUAGUCAAGAUUAAAACUUGCUAAAACAUUCCUCGGUUUGCAGAGCAAUAACAUGAAGGGGGGUGGGGAAACAGAUCUAACAAGCUGCACAUAAAUCUUUCCAGUGACUUGUCUGCACAGAUUUCUCUCAGGGUCAUUCAAGUUUGGCUGCGAGGCACAAAUCAGAAAAAUAAGAGUUAUUUUUUUCCUUUUUCAAAGCAAGCAUUUAUUGGAGGGCUGGCUCCCAUCAUGCCCCAACGUUUUGACAAAAAGAAUUGGGGAAUUAGUUUGUCUUGUUAUUUCUACUUUUUGGAGUAGAACAAUAAAGACUUGCUCAAACUGCAUUUGACUUUUUGGGUUUUUUUGUUUGUUCCCCCAUCCCUCCCCCCGAGACUUUUUACAUUGCUCUCAAAGCUUCCUCUAGCUAUUUCUGAUCAUCACAGAUAGCUUUACAGCUAGAAGGGUGUAGCUUUGAGCAUUCAUCUUUAUUUCAGAUGAUGACCAAAAUGCUUAGUUUCAGUGAAGCUUGCUGGCUGUGUGCCCGAGUAGAGCUGAAUAGUCUGCGUAGAGCUGCAUGGUUUGGUUUUUGUUUGUUGUUUGUUUUUGGUGGUUUUUUUUAAUGUGUGCUGUAUCAAACUGAAUGACAGCAAAAGUACUCUUCUAACAGUUGAUCUAUUGCAAAAAAUGCUUGAAUUUAUCGGGAGAUGGAGUUUGUAUUUAAAACUGCAACUUAAAACCAUCUAGGAAGCUGGACUGAAAUACUGAUCAUCAAUACUGUGUAACUACCUUCACUCUUCAGGAAGGUAAAAACCUUCCCAUUUCUGACAUUGAGUUACUUCUUGUUUUGUCAGCGUCUCUAAUACCAGUUGGGUACAAGUUUAGUAAAAUGAUCAAAUACAGUGGCUUUGAUGUAAUAACAAAACUUUGUGUUGCUAGUUUGUGUGGAGUAUUGAUAUCCCAGUAAAGGAUUCAAUUUACGGAUAUUGCUUCUAUUCUGAGAAGCAGUGGUCUGUGUUCUAGCCAUCUGCACAGUGUUUAGCAUUGCUGGUUUUUUUGGUAGCCUGCUAUUCAUGCAUAGUUGAGUACUUUAUGAAAGGGAGCUUUGUCUGGUGUUAGUUUGUCAGAAGAAAAACCAACAUCUUGCACUAUGUCAAUAACAUGGUAAAACAUACAGCGAAUGAAGGGGCAAGUCUGGGCAAACUGGGAACUCCAUCUGGCAUAAAGAAGUUUUUUCUUUCUUUGCGUUGGGAAAAAAAAUAAACCUGUUGCUAUUUGCCUUACUGUCUUGGAGGCAGGCUUGUCUAGUAGUAUUUGUUUAAUCU